UUGGCUUUAACAACAACUUUCGUUACCAACUGGCCGGAUAGCCUUGGUUGCUGAGGCCAUUGAAUCAAAAAGAAGAAGAGGAACCUGACUAAAAGCAGUAAACAGUAAACAAAAUAUAGUAAAUAACGUUGUAUCGAGUAGAGGGAAAGAAUUUUCAAUUCAACAAACGAAUAUGGGUCGCAGGAAAUCAAAAAGGAAGCCAGCCCCAAGGAAGAAAGCUAUUGAACCGUUGGACACUCAAUUCAACUGUCCCUUUUGUAAUCACGAAAAAUCUUGUGAAGUUAAAAUGGAUAAAGGUCGGAACACAGCCCGAAUUACCUGCAGAGUCUGCCUGGAGGAUUUUCAGACAACCGUCAAUUUUCUGUCGGAACCUGUCGAUGUUUAUAAUGACUGGAUAGAUGCAUGCGAAAGUGCAAACUAGUUCUCAAGAUUCCUUCUUAGUUCUAAGACUCUAGUUUUAGCCGUACGUUAUGUCGCAACUUGUUCAACAAUUCAACUUCUCAAGACUUUGAACUGCUGCACUAUCCACCUUCUUGACACUAACAAUUUAUGUUAUCACCUCUUUAGUAAAUACUUAGAUUGAUUGUAUCCUUUAUUUUUAGGUAUAUGGAUUGAAGUCGCAAUGUAUAUCUCUAUUAUUUUAUGUACAAAAUAUAGUUUAUAGUUGGAA